UUGUUUUUCUUUCAGUCCGUUGCACGAACAGUGAGCUGCUAAAGCUAACGCAUUAAAGCUAACGCAUUAAAGCUAACGCCUUAAAGCGCUCACUGUGUGAAACCUCAGGGCCACAAAGGACAGAAAGGUCCAGACCAGAGCCGUGAUGACCGGGUCCGACCGCAGAGACACGCGCUCGCUCUGGGAGACGUAACAUAUUAGCAUUAGCUUUAGCAUUGUGUUGCUAGUUUGUGGCACUGCGCAGGGCCCAGGCUCUUCCUGGUUAGAUACAGUAGAUAGUUGUUCUCGUAGCUUAAUAGUUGGAGUGGUUUUGCUGGUUUGACACCGCAAACAAACCGUUUGCGUCACUUUGAGGAGCAGAAAAGCUCACAAGCUUCAGAGCUUGUUACCUGCGUCGUUAGUAUGAGUGAAGUGACGGACUGUAAAGUGUCCGCUGCCCCAAAGAAGCGCCGCGCAUCACCAGAAGAGCGCGACCCUGUGCCCCCCAAGAGCCGCAAAGACAGCGACCCUGUGCCCCCCAACAGCCGCAAAGACAGCGACCCUGCGCCCCCCAACAGCCGCAAAGACAGCGACCCUGCGCCCCCCAACAGCCGCAAAGACAGCGACCCUGCGCCCCCCAACAGCCGCAAAGACAGCGACCCUGUGCCCCCCAACAGCCGCAAAGACAGCGACCCUGCGCCCCCCAACAGCCGCAAAGACGGCGAACAAGCGCAGGAAACGGCGGAAAAUGGCAAAAACAGUGAGUCGGACUGUAAAGACACAGAAGGAAGUGUGUCCAAAGAGAGCGCGCGUGAGGACAGAGGCUCAGAGAGCGCGUCCACUGCACAGACUGUGAGUCCUGAUCCACAGAAUGAUCAGAACUGUGACAAACCCGAGACAUCAGGUGCACAGGAACAACAAGAAGACAAGUCUCCAACCCCCCUGCACCAGCUCGAGUCUGCGGCCAGAGCUGCUGCAGAGGCACUGGCCAGUCUCACAGGGAGACACAGGGACGAGGAGGACAGUGUCCCAGGGAGAGACAGGGACGAGGACGCAGAUCUCACAGGGAGACACGGGGACGAGGAAGCCGCCUGCUCCUCAGACAGAGACAAACACGUCAAACUGUUAAGUAAAUCUAAACUGCGUGUGAACUCUAAAACCCAGGCAGCAGCGGCGGACAGCUCCACGUCCAUGCACAGCAGCGCCAAAGAGGACGAGGAUGAGGAAAGAGAGGCUGAGGAAGAGGAGGACUCUGUGUCCGGGUCUUCCUCUUCUCAGAGCUCAUCUUUUGUUUCUGAAAAUGAAGAGAACGAUGAUGGAGAGUGCGCCAUCGUCUCCGUUAAGAUGGCCCCAGAGAUGAGGCAGUCCGUGACUCUUUUGGCUCAGGUUCAGAUGAAGUUGGAGGCUUUGGAGAAGAGGAGCGCCAAGCUUCAUCAGCGCGUCGACGUGAAGAUAAGCCGCCUUAGACGUCCACAUCUCGACCAGCGCAGCUCCAUCGCCAAAACCAUCCCUGGGUUUUGGGUCACAGCUCUGUUGAAUCACCCUCAUCUUUCCGCUCACAUCGAUGAAACGGAUGAAGACGCUUUGAGCUACAUGACGGACUUAGAGAUUGAAACGUUCAAAAAUAACAAGUUGGGUUACAGGAUUCGAUUUCACUUCAGGAGGAAUCCAUAUUUUCAGAACAAUAUAAUCAUGAAAGAACUUCACCUUGGAAUGGGAGGACCUCCCAUGUCGUACUCCAACCCCAUCCUCUGGCACCGCGGGCACAACCUCACCACCCACAGUGAGCCCAAGAAAACCGGACGCGGAGUCUACCAGACGUUUUUUAACUGGUUUAGUGACCACGGCAACCCGGCACAAGACGAUGUAGCACAGAUUCUGAAGGAUGACCUGUUCAGAGACCCGCUCAGAUACUACCUCACACCGCUGUGGGAGCCCAGAGAGAACGGAAGUAGCACCAGUGGGACCAGAGCCGCCGGCAACGGGAAGGACGACGGCAGCGAGUGUGUGGUCAUCUCCGACUCGGACGAUGAGGCCGGAGCGGAGGGCAGCGAGGCAGAAGAGGACCAGAGCAGCCGAGGAGGAGACGAACGAGAGGAGGAAGAAGAGGAGGAGGAGGAAGAAGGAGAGGACGACGACGACGAAGGAGAAGAGGAGGAAGGCAUGAACCCAGGGGCAGAUGAGAGUCCAGCCGAGGAGGAGGACGACGCUGGAGAGAUCGUCAUCGAUGGCUCUGAUGAGACGGACCAGGACGACUCUUAAACGUGACCAGCAGGAGGCGUCACUGAGGGACCAGAACUAUGUAAGGAAAUAAUAUGCACAAGAAUAUUUUUUUCUACCUUGAAAUCGACAUUUAAAAUCAGGUUUGCUACGAAGCCAAGCCACGGUGUUGUGUUCCCCCUGUAUUUUAUACUUAACAUUUUGAUAAAUCAUUGUAUUAUAAUGAGACAAAAUUCACAUAAUAUAGAGACAGUUUAUUGUUUCACACGUUUGAACGUACACGGUUAAACCUGUACCGUCACAACACGUCUGUUAACCUCAAUCAGAAGAUUUUAAUCAAGCCAACAUAUUCUUAUCAGAUAUUGUUAUAACUAUUCUUAUUUAAGCUUGACAGAUGGGUUCUGUCGUAAAUGAAGUGUAAAUGUUCUGAGUACCAACCAAACGAGUUCUCAGGGAUCAUCAUGUUUGAGUGGAGCUUUUUAGAGGUUUUUUCUGUAUUUUACGAUGUGUGUUCUACUGUUGUAAACAAACCCGGACUUGCUUUUGUCAUUCUGCUCUUAGAACCUCUCCCUGGUCGUAUCUCAACAGAUCGUGCUGUUAAAUUAACUGUUCACCUUUGACCUUUUCCUUUGUGUAAUUUACAUGCGUUGCUUUAAGUUUAUUUUUUAUUUUUUCGUGUGAAUAGAAAUGAUGUAUUUUUGUGAAUAGACCUGUUUCAUUUUCCAUGUGUUGUGCCAUGGAAAGUAAAAUAAUCCACUGUGCAUAAAUCUGCUCGUGUACAUUUGAAAAACAGGAGCGUCGUGUUUCAGUUCAUCAUCGUGUUUCAGAGACGGAGAAUUAUGUGUCACGUUUUCAGGGAGGACUUUAGGACUGGACGAUGUGAGCCGCAGAAAUGUACAUCAUGGAAUAAACGAGAAUAUUUGUGAUCGUUAUUGACGAAAUAACGAAAACUGAAAAUAGUGAACUUGGCAUUUAUAAGAAGGACUUGUUUCUGUGAGUUCAGGAUAAUGGAGAGUAAGGACUGUUGCCAUAGUGAUUCAAAAUGGAGCUCGUUUUUCAUAGACUUUACGAAAAAAAAUAAAUUAAAUGUUUGAAAGCUGCUCAAGGAUAAUCAGAUCUGUGGAAGUAAUGACCAGAAGAUGUUUAUGAAACUUAAUAAACUGCUAAAUUAUAUAAAAAAAGAAAACAUUUUGAUGAAUCUUGCAUUUUAAACGGUCUUUUUCGACUUAAAACAGCCGUUUAUGGAUGUUAGCGCGUCACUGUUGGUCGACGCGAUGCCUUUGAACUUUAAUAUUUAAUUUUUUUUCGAAAAGUCUGUGGGGAAAAAUGAAUGGAAAUUUAACUUCUGGAAACUUAGACUGUCUGUGGAGCUCCAUUUAAACCAAAAAUAUUAUGUUUUGAAUAGAGGAAAAAGCCUCUAAAUGUUGCGUAAAACAAAAAGACGAUCACUCCUUUUUGUCGGUGUUCAGGAUCUCUCAGCAUGUUUGAAAAUAUCUCACGAUUUAUCAGAUUUCACACACGAGCGAAACGUCACCCAGACCCAAAACACAACCAGAAUCUAUGAACCUUCAGUCUGUUUCAUGAACCUGAUUUGGAAAUAAUAUUUUGUGAUGUUUUAUAGAAUAUUGUAGUGAAAUACUUUGUUUCUUUGAUAUAUUUUUAGGAUGUUUCACCUUUCAACUGAUACUUAAUAAAACGGCCAGUUGUUUGACUUGA